AUGGUUCAAAAAGUCUAUGUCACCUACAACCAGGUGCACAAAUUAUGCCAAACCUCGGCCGAUCAGAUCCUGAAUGCCUUCCACCCUAACCUUAUGAUCGCCAUCGGCGGCGGUGGCUACGUCCCCGCUCGCAUCCUCCGGUCGUUCCUCAAGCGCCAGGGUGAUCCCAACAUCCCCAUCCAGGCCAUCGGCCUGUCCCUCUACGAGGAUCUCGGUCGCGGCGACGCCGAGGAAGUCCCCGGUACCAAGGUCACCCGCACACAGUGGUUGGAUCUCAGCUCGCUGGAGAUGGCCAACCUGAUCGGCAAGAACAUUCUCAUCGUCGAUGAGGUCGACGACACGCGGACGACGCUCGAGUAUGCCGUCCGUGAGCUCGAGAAGGAUGUCGAGCUUGCGCAGAAGCAGCUUGGUCGGGAGGGCGAGAAGACCAACUUCUUUGUUUUCGUUCUGCACAACAAGAACAAGCCGAAGAAGGGCUCUUUGCCCACGGAUAUGAUGGAGACUGGUCGUUACCACGCCUCGGUCACGACCGACGACGUGUGGAUCUGCUACCCUUGGGAAGCCAAGGAUAUCGACGAGCACGACCGCCUGGCCAAGGAGAACCCGCUCAUUUGA